GUUGUCUGCUUCACAUAGGAUGCCCAUAUAUUAAUCGAUAUAGUUUCUUAUUUUUCAGGAUGAAGAUGACGACGGUGAUGGUUACAAUUUUGAAAUACCGGAACUCUUGAAUAUAAAAAGUGUCUAUAAAUAUGACCCACUUGCGUCAUUGAGACCUGAAGAAAAACUUGUUAUAGACUCUUGUCACGAUCUAGAUUUGAAAAAACUGUUGCUCUUAAACAGAACCAGGCGUCUACAUCUGAUCAAGCUUUAUAAGAAACUGAAAGAUCUGCUGAUUGAGUGCAAGCAGAAUAUUAUUGAGAAACAUGAACUUGUGAAGAAAGCCAAAAACAUGAAAUUACAGCAGAUCUAUUCAAAAUCCUGGAGAUUGGGAGCGCCAUAUUUCAAAGAUACGCAGUACUACUUCUCACCUCUAAAUGUUGAUACCCUUCGGAAGAAGGAGAACAACGAGUUGUCAGUCUAUGAUUUUGUGAUGACACAGAAAUGGAGUUCGACAGAUUGCGAAAAAAUGGUUUCGUCUGUUACGUUCAACUAUAACCUCAAUCUACAGAUGGCGAUCAAGAAGGAAAUUGCCACCCUGACAAGGAAUGGAAUUACAAAUGGUGACAAUGAACAGAUUAGGGAGCUCCAGCGGCAGUUGGAACGUUUCGAUGAUAACAAAACUGAGUGGCCACCAUUGAACUCCGAUGAACACAUUGAUUGGGAAAGAAUUUCGGAAAAAUUCCUCAACACUAAAUACUCUGCGUUCGAAUGCCGUUCUUUCUGGCACAUGUACUUGCACCCUAAAAUUAACAAGAACCAAUGGACAGCUAAAGAAGACUCAAACUUGAAGCAGCUGGUAACGAAAUAUCGUUUCCAAAAUUGGUCGGAAAUAAGCGAGUCACUUGGUUCUAAACGAACCUGCCUGCAAGUUUGUAAGCAUUACUUCACAGACCUUCACAGGCAUUUCAAAGUGGGGUCAUUCACACAAGAAGAGGACGACCUCCUGAUAUCUUUGAUAAGAAAGUAUCAAAUGGGAAAUCAUAUUCCUUGGGCGAAAAUUGUGAAGCAUUUCAAAGAUAGAAAACGAACUCAACUAUAUCAACGGUAUGUAUUACACAAUUACAUUUCGCAGCUGCAAAUCGUAACAAAACUGUGUUUCAAAAUUGUAGCAGCCUGGAGUAUGUUAGUGGUUAUUCCUGUAGAUCAUAUAUAAAUAUGAGAUUGUUACACUUUUAUAUAUAGAAAUUCGGUGGAAUAUGCGAGAUCUUACAACAGUAUGUAUUAUUAAAAUUUUGCGCUAUCAUGACGAAUAGUGCUUUUUGUAUGUUAAAAUAACAAUGUCAAUAACAUAAGCUCUUAUAUCACUCAUAUCUACUUAAUCUGGAAAUAUUCAGAAGAAAAACAUAUAUUGCAAAUACCUACAUAUCUAUUUAUUAUAUAAAUCUCAUACAUUUUUCUACAGACAAAUCAGUAUUAACAUACAUCAUUAUGGACCAAUGUUUUCAUUGCCCAGCCGUUGUUGACACCUGCAUAAAUAAAAGAUAAGGAAACAAUUGAAUUGUGUAGAUAUGCUUUUACAUUUCACAGAUUUCUUUUAAACGCGCUUUUAUAAACUUGACCUGUAUGUAUGUAACGGAAUCUUUGAACAAUUAUAAUUUUCGCCAAUUUCCAGAAGUUUGAUUAAACUGAAACUUCGCACAUCUACCAAGGGCCGAUGACAAUGCAAUAAUUUGAUGACAGUUUUCCAUUACUCUUAUUAGGAACGCCAGGAUUAAUAAAUUCUUUUAUAGGGAAGUAAGAGAGAUAGAGCUAGUGCGCGAUCUGCGCCGUGAUUCAAAAAGGCUUCUUAUUCACAACAAAAUGAUCAGAACAUAAAUUUCAAUCUAUUUAUUUUACAGAACAAAAUUUGGUAAACAGCAAAGCUUUGAAUUUAAUACGAUCAAAGAAUUUGUAAUUAUAAAGUCUUAUUGAUUAAAAUACAAAUAACGAAUAUGAAUUUGAAAAGAACUAAUUGAUAAAUCGAACUAAGAAAUGAAAAAUAAAUAAUAGUUUAAAAAAACUAAAAGAUCACGCUUUUAUAGCUAACCGAAC